AUGGAGAGUCAACUAGACCUCUAUGGUCCUGAAUUACUGAAUAGCAUAAAUUGCUCUGGUUUGCCUCCACAUAAAUUAAUACUCAAGGUUGGUGUUCCGGUGAUGUUACUGAGGAAUAUUGACCAAUCCAGUGGUAUUUGUAAUAGUACAAUGCUACAAGUUAGGAAACUUGGAAAUCAUGUCAUAGAAUGUGAAGUCUUAACGGGUAACAAUAUUGGUCAUAUUGCUUUGAUUCCAAGAAUGAAUAUGGUACCAACAAAUGAAACCAUCACAGUUAGAUUCCAACGAAGACAAUUUUCCAAAAUAGUAUCGUUUGCCAUGACAAUUAAUAAGUCUCAAGAACAAACUUUAUCUCAUGUUGGAUUGUAUUUGUCCAAAUCAGUUUUUACACAUGGCCAACUAUAUGUGGCACUUUCAAGAGUUAAGAUCUUGGCCCUCCAGCCUCCACACUCCACCCAUUUGGUGGCUGCUCGAAUUGCUACAAGAGAUGACAUCUAG